UCAAAAGAAAAAAAAAAAAAGAUUUCCGUAGUCUAAUUUUUUUUUCUCUUUAUGAAAAGAAAUCAACGCUCAGAUCCACAAAGAAACACCAAGAAAACACGUGUCUCAAAAGAGACUUGUCCGUUAUGCAUAGGCCAGUGUGUUGAACCCGACUUGUCCCCUCGUCUUUAUUUUGGCUUGGCUUGGAUUAUGUCGACACCCACACACUAUCGUUUGAUAGAACAUGAACCUACGCAUGUUGUUUAUUUGGCUGAUCGUCUCAUCAGUCUAACUACGGAUCCUCAUCUCCUUUCAUCUACCAUUGCACAACUACAAGAUCUGGUCAAGACAAAAGACAUAACCACACUAGCUUCCAAAUUAUCGCAAAACAAACAUAUUCAUGUACCUCAAGAACUAGAUUUCAUAUUCAACUUUUUACAAGAAAUCAAGAGCUCAACCACAUUUGAUCUGAUAAGCAGCUUAUCUGAUCUAGAAUUUCUUUUGAUGACAGAUAUUCGGUUUGUUCGAUUGUUAGCCCUAUUAGGCACACUUCCUAAAGAUAUUGUGAUUAUACAAGAAGAAGAAGAAGCAGAAGAACAACAAGAGCCUUCUACACGCAUGAUGCCAGAUUAUGAAGAACUAUCAACACCUGAAUUAAGAGCCAAACUAAAAUCGUACGGUUAUAAAGCAGGAGGACAAAGGAAACAAAUGAUUCAUGAUCUUAAACAUAUUUUCGAGUCACUUUAUCGAACUUCGUCUCCUGUCCAACAGACAGUUCAAUCUGAUAAAGAAAAUGAUGGUUUAGAUUUAGCCUUAAGGACUAAAAUUGUCCAGCAUUUAAAACAAAAUAAGUCUUUGUGGGAUCGUAUUUUGCGUUAUGAGGUAUAUAAUCAGAUAUCAUUUCUAGACUCAUCGUAUAUCAUGAUAGCAUGUCAGUAUUCAAGAAUGUCAUGCAGGUCUUGACUGUAAAAAGAGUGAACUCAAAAUAGUCCUGGAUGAAUAUGCAGCAGGUAAUGAGUUCAAAAAGAGAAAGAAAUAAACUAAUAAGGUGGAUUGACAAGAGAUAAAGUACUUUGUGCCAUAGGAUUAUUCCGAGGCAAUGUGAGUUCAUUUAGAAAGGCAUUCAUUUCAGUAUUGGUUCGUUUAAGGGAAGGGUUUGAAUUACUUGAGUCUGUCUCUUCAUCUUCCGUGAAUUGUCCUACAAGGGCUUCUUUCAGAUGAGAUACACCAAUAUUGUUCUUUUUAUCUUGAGGCAGAAGGGAUGAUGGCU